AUGCCUAAAUCUAUUUUAGAGUUUUUGAUAUUUUGAAUAUAACUUAAGAGAGCGUCCACGAGGCCACCACCCAAGUCAGUUGCUGAAAAAAUUUACUUUUUCAAAUUAGAUAGUUAGUUUGAAAGAGCAUUAAAAGUUAGGCCGAAAACCAAAUUUUUACGAAUUUUGAAUGAAGCCUUCGAAAAUUUUGCCGACCCAACUUUUUCGGCCCAUAUAUCACUUUCCCUCAGUUCUCGAGAUUUGCUUCGUAUUCAUUUAUAAAAUUUUCGAUCACAAAAAAUUUAUCGAACAUUUUAUCAAGUUAUAUCAUUAGAUAGAGCAGAAGAUGCUCUACAAAACUAUGUAUUUCAUAGAAACUAUUGUCCGAAUGAAAGAAAAGAAAUUGUCGUCAAAAGACAUGGAAUCGACAAUCUUUUCAUAUCUUUAACACGCUGAUUUUUCUAUAUUUUGCUUUUGCACUACAGUUAGUUUAUAAGUGCCUAGACUUUUCUUUACAUAUUCUUAUACAGUGCGAAAAGCUGCAUCUUUUGGUAAAAAAAAUAUUUCCUCUAAAGUACUAGCAAAGUCCCAAAAAGUCAAUCGCAAUGUUCUCAAUAUACGGAAUUUUUGACGUCAGAAAAGUUAGCACCAGAUUCAAUAUUUCCUGUCUCGAUUCGCUUACACGGCUCUGCUAUAUUUCUGAAGGGUUGUACUAGGUGCAGUGAUAGUUAAGAUCUAAAUAACAUGUGAAGCAUUCAGUAUCAUGAAGUAGUGUCCGGCAACUGGGUCGCCGAUGCAAAGCCAGGGUCGGUUCAGAUAUCGGGUAAGAAAAAAAUUUUCGAUUCGGCUUCGGGCAUAAUCUCAUACCGAAACCUGACCCGGUAAUUAACGACAUCAACAACUACAGUAUAUUUCAUAAUAUGAAAGCAUAGUACGACAAUGAAAACUCUUGCUGGAUGUCAAUUACUUUCGAUCGGGUGCCGAGUACUGUUAUUCAGGUCCGGAUGCGAAAAGGCGUUGUGCAAAUCGCUAUCACGAAGUAACGUGUUACUAAAAAAAACUUUUCUUUAAUAUGCCUUAGUAUUAUUUUCAGGAGAACAUUAUCUGCAAAGUGAGUGUGACAUAUAAUCGUCCAAUAAAAUUCCUUCUUUCUUUUAAUUUUUAUUUCACGUGAUUAUCGAAUAUAUUCUAUUCUUAACAAAAAAUCCUUUAUUUUAGGAUCAUCAAUCAUCUAAAACAGCUGAUAUAUUUGUUAAUCGAUUAAUUCAUUAUCAUGAAGAAGAAAAUGAUAAUAAACAUGAAGAAAUUUAUGAUUUAUCAGCAAGUCCUAAUCGCAUUCGACAAAGAAAAAUCAUUCCAUUUAAAAGCAAAGUUGAUGCUCGUAUUGAACAAUUAACAGUUGCAAAAACCAUAACAAGUGAUAAUGACGAUGACAAUGAUGAAGAUCAUAAAUGGGAUGAUGUUGGCGUCGAUAAAGUUAUUCCUGUUGUUGCUGAUGAAUAUAAUAGUGAUAGUGAUUCAGCUCGUUCAUCUGAUUUUGGUGAUGAUCAUUCCUGGGCUGAUCGUGUUACUGCUCCACCUCUUAAUUCCUUAAUGCUCAAUACAUUUCCAGGCUUACGACAUACAGUACCAGCAUCAGCACUUGCUCCUGCUCCUUCUCCUCCUCCACCUCCAUUACCUAUAACUGAACCUAAUCAAGAUUAUAGUCGUUUAGUUCAUGAAAAAGCUAAAGAACUUGAAAAACAAAUCAAACUUUUUGAAAAAGAAAAUGCUAAAUUACAAUCUCUUUGUAAUGAACGUAAUUUAGCUAUAAAAAAACUAAAACGAAAUCGUGAUGAAUUUGAAAAAACUAAACAAAAAGAAAUGGAAGAAUUUGAUCAAAUAAAAGAAGAAGAAAUAAAAAAAUAA